AUGUUGUCAAGAGGUGCGUUCUCGGUAUGCAAUGCCAUCACCGACCACAACAAUCAAGCCGCCGGAGCUUCCUCCCUAAUUGGUCAAUGCCACCCGAGAUUCUUCAAUUUCGCGAAUCAGCAGGGCCGGAACCUGGGUCUUCCGUCCUCCGGGACGGCCCACAAGUGGCCUGUUCUGGCCGUGGCAACUGGCGAGCCGAAUACUAAGCAAGCCGGAUUCGAGCCCAGCCUUGCUGACCGGCUCCGACUCGGGAGCUUGACGGAGGAUGGGUUGUCUUAUAAGGAGAAAUUUAUUGUACGGUGCUAUGAGGUCGGGAUUAACAAAACCGCCACCGUUGAGACCAUUGCAAAUCUGUUGCAGGAAGUAGGAUGCAACCAUGCUCAAAGUGUUGGCUUUUCAACCGAUGGGUUUGCGACUACUCUUACCAUGAGAAAAAUGCAUCUGAUAUGGGUGACUGCUCGGAUGCACAUUGAGAUUUACAAAUAUCCUGCUUGGAGUGAUGUAGUUGAAAUAGAGACAUGGUGCCAAAGUGAAGGAAGAAUUGGUACGAGACGUGACUGGAUACUAAAAGAUUAUGCCAAUGGUGAAGUCAUUGGCAGAGCCACAAGCAAGUGGGUCAUGAUGAACCAAGACACAAGACGACUUCAAAAAGUGACAGAUGAGGUCCGUGAUGAGUAUCUAGUUUUCUGCCCAACAAAGCUUAGAUUAGCUUUUCCCGAGGAGAAUAAUGCCAGUUUGAAAAAAAUUGCAAAGCUGGAAGAUCCUGCCCAGUAUUCCAAAGUUGGGCUGGUGCCGCGGAGAGCAGAUCUGGACAUGAACCAGCAUGUGAAUAAUGUCACUUAUAUUGGUUGGGUUCUCGAGAGUAUGCCUCAAGAAGUCCUUGACGACUAUGAACUAGAAUCUAUCACCCUGGAUUAUCGGCGUGAAUGCCAGCAUAAUGAUGUAGUUGAUUCCCUCACAAGCCCUGAGCUGGAAGAAGAUGCUGCAAUUAAGGCAACAAAUGGUUCACCCACAUCUAAACAAGAUGGGGGUGAAUCCUGCCAGUUUCUGCAUUUACUAAGGUUAUCUGGUGAUGGACUUGAAAUAAAUAGGGGUCGCACUGAGUGGAGGAAGAAAGGGGCAAAAAGAUGA